AUGGCAGGCUCGUUGUUCAGGCGUGCCGUUGCAUGCGUGAAGGGCGAGAGUAACCAUACUGCACGAACCCCGGAUGGUUUUGCUGAAUCGACCACACUGGAUGAGAAGACAGCAGCUGGACUUACUGGCACUGGAAAGAUCGAACCCACAUCAAAGACCUACGGACUCGAAGUUGAAGAUGAAGAGGUCAAAUCUGGAUCCGCUUCUAACACUGAGAGCGACGACUUCGCUGAUGAUGACGAGGCCGUUCGUGAUAUUCCGCCGGCCGUUCGACGUAUCGUGUCCAUGACGGACAACCCGGAAGAACUCACACUUACCUUCCGUUACUUUGUGCUGGCCAUAUUGUUCAUCGUCCCUGGUGCUUUCCUAUCUCAAAUGUCAUACUUCAGAACGACGUCAGCAGCAUAUUCGGUCUUCUUCGUUCAGAUUGCAUCAAACUACGUCGGAAUGUGGCUUGCAAAGAUUCUACCAAACAAGAAAGUGUUAGGCAUUAACUUGAAUCCUGGCCCAUGGAGCACAAAGGAGCACGUACUGGUCACACUAUCAGCAGCUUCAGGAGCGACUUACAACCUUGCCUACGCACCAGUAUCAAUCGCUGAGCUGUACUUCGGUGAGCCGAUGAACCCAGCUGUCGCGAUCUUCUUCAUGUGGAGUGUUGUUGUCACUGGCUACUCUUUCGCUGCUAUCUCGCGUCAAUUCCUGCUUUACGAUCCCCAAUACCCGUGGUUCCAGGCUUUGUGUCAGACUGCUCUGUUCGAGUCGCAGAAGAAGGAAAGGAACAAUCCGACCCCUGUAUCCAAGAGACAAAUGAGGAUCUUUUUCGCUGUCUUCUUCGCGGUAGCUGCUUGGCAAUUUUUACCGGAGUAUGUCUUCCCUAUGACUGGAAGUCUUGCUUUCCUUUGCUGGGUCGCGCCCAGAAACCCUGUGGCCAAUUUUAUCGGCUCCGGAUUUGGAGGCAUGGGCUUCCUCAACCUUAGUCUGGACUGGUCAAACCUCAGCACAAAUGGUAACCUCUUCUUGUUACCAUGGUGGACCCAGGUCAUUAUGUUCUUGGCCUUCGCUUUCAACUGUUGGAUUCUGCUUCCUGCUGCCAAAUGGGGAAACCUUUCUGAGUUCAAGCCGGGUCUCAUGUCGACAAGCGUCUUGCAGGGAAACGGCACCAAAUACCCCCUGACCAAACUCGUCACUCCUCAAGGCACGUUCAACGAGACCGCCUACGAAGAAUACGGUCCCCUGUAUCUUGGAGCGCAAAUGCUCUGGGGUAUCUUCUUCUCUUAUGCUGCGUUCUUGUCCGCUUGGGUCUGGGCUGCUCUUUUCGGCUGGUCAUCUUUCAAACAAGCAAUCUCGAAGUUCAAGAAGAGAAACAGUGAAGGCAAAGACAAGGGCAUCAACCACCAGUACGAUGACCAAUUGAACGUUUUGAUGCGCUCUUAUAGGGAGGUGCCGCUCUAUUGGUAUGCGGCUCUUUUCGCCUGCUCGUUCGUCUCGAUCAUCACCAUGGCUGCAGCUGGAAAGAUCUAUAUCCCGGUCUGGACCUACAUCGUCGCUCUGAUUACUGGAGCCGUGGUAGUGACUCCCCUGGGCUGGCUGUACGCCGUAUCGAACUACCAACUUCCUAUUGGUUCUAUCGCUGGAGAUGCCUGGUAUAGGGCCCAAUACAUGUUGCAGGACCAGAAAAUCUUUAGGNGACAUUACAUGCACAUCCCUCCUAGAGCAACGUUUUUCAGUCAGAUAUUCGGCUGCACCAUUGGUGUCCCCAUCAACUACGGCGUCGUCAAAUGGGUUCUGUCCUCCAAACGCGACAUCCUGCUUGGACUGGAAAAGGACCCCACACACCAGUGGACAGCCCAACAUCUCUCCUCUUCCCUCUCAACAUCCGUCGAGUACGUCCUCAUCGGCCCUACAAAAAUGUUCCAGCAAUCCUCCUUCAAACCCCUUCCCUACGGCUUCAUUGUCGGCGCCGCCGCCNCCUUCCUCAUGUACGCCCUCCACAAGUUCUUCCCAAACUCGAAGCUCAAGUUCCAUCUAUGGAACACGACGAUUUUCUUUUCGUGCGUGUCAAACUUUUACGGCAAUGUCUCUACUGGCUAUACCUCUGCCUUCAUCGGUGGCUUUGUGGUCAUGUUUUGGGCAUUCAGGUAUAGGAAUGCGUUGUGGGCGAGAUACAACUAUCUCAUGGGAGCGGCGUUUGAUGCGGGAUAUAACUUGAACUUGCUGUUGGUGUUUUUGUUCUUUGGCAGUGGCAAGAUUGUUAAUAUGCCGUAUUGGUGGGGCAAUAAUGCGCAGAGUAGUGAGAGGUGUUUUGCUCUUGAUUAA